AUGGACACCAACACCUCUGUGGACCUGUUGCAGCAUUCCAACAGCAUUAUGGCACUGCACAUGGCGCAAGUGGGGAAGCAAGACGAGCUCCUGUUGAGCUCGGGGUACGACGGACUCUUGUGUGUGUGGGAUGUCAGAACGCUGCGGGGCACAAGGCCACACCUAUUCGGUCGCUUCAAGACAGAUGGGGCUGCCCAUAUCAAUCGCAGUGGGCUGGGACCGCCUCGUUGUGAAAUCCUUUGCUUGGAGUACGAUCGGGUGAAGAGGGUGAUUUUCACUGGCGGUAAUGACUGCACCGUCAAGGUGUGGUCCUUCAACACCUACGACUUACUAGGCAGGCACUCGGGGCACCAUGAACCAGUGACCUGCCUUGCCCUGGACGGCAACUUCCUCUUCUCGGGGUCUGAGGACACUUCUGUGCGCAUCUGGGAUGCCGUUCCCGCGCCUCCGCACGGCACCUCCUAUGCCGCUUGUCCGUUCUCGGGCGGCACCCACCUCAAGAGCCUGUGCUGCCACACAGGAACGGUGACAGGCCUGGCGGUUUCGCAACUGUCUGGCCACCUCCUCUCUUGCGCGUCCGAUGGCCUGGUGUUGUUUUGGGACUAUGUGGCAGGGAAGGUUGUAAGGAAGAUUGAGCACAGGGACGAGCUCAGCUGCAUGGCGCUGAGGCCCGAUGUCAGCGAGGUGCUGGUCGGGACGCGGAGCAACAAUGUGCUCAGAUUCCCUGCCGGGGAGGCGGUUCGGGUGAAGGGGAAGACGGGCAGGGAGGGGCACGCAAGAUGA